AUGGCAGGCAAGGGAGGUAAAGGGCUCGUAGCUGCAAAGACGAUGGCUGCUAACAAGGACAAAGACAAGGACAAGAAGAAACCCAUGUCUCGCUCUGCUCGUGCUGGUAUUCAGUUUCCAGUGGGUCGUAUUCAUAGGCAACUCAAGACGAGGGUUUCAGCACAUGGAAGAGUUGGUGCCACUGCUGCUGUUUACACGGCUUCAAUUCUAGAGUACCUAACUGCAGAAGUUCUUGAGUUAGCUGGGAACGCAAGUAAAGAUCUGAAAGUGAAGAGGAUAACACCAAGGCAUCUGCAGUUGGCAAUCAGAGGAGAUGAGGAACUUGACACGCUCAUCAAAGGAACCAUUGCGGGAGGAGGUGUGAUUCCUCACAUCCACAAGUCUCUAAUCAACAAAACCACCAAUGAGUGAUUUUGUAUCUUAAGCACUGAUCUUAUGUGAUCCGCUAAUUAGUAGCUUAUGGUGUUUGUGUUUGUUUAGUCUUGGACUGCUUUCUUUUCCUUAGUUCUCUGACUAGUGUGUUGCUCUUUUUUUAGACAUCCUCAUGUGUACAUUAGUUUAUUUGAACUCUUAGACUUCUUGUUUGAGCGUAUGUGAUCCAUAUAAGAAAGGGUUACGUGGUUAUCC